AUGGCACCUGACAAAGGCUGCUUUGCCCUGGCCAUUACGCUGGCAACUGUGGACAUCCAAAUCUCAGGAUGCAUGAACAUCCUCAGCUCACUUUCCCAGGAAGGAAAGUGAUUAAGCUUAAUCUGUACUGUGCAGCAAGAAGAGGCUGAGGAGAUUGUAGUGUUUUUGUUUAAGGACAGGUCCUGGUACUGUCCCGAGACCAGCCUGGAGCAACUGAGAGUGAAACACUAUCUUGAGACAGAUGGUGUCUGUGAAAGUUCAUCUCAAUUGGUGUUCACCAUAAACCAAGCCAUACCAUUAGCCAGUGGGACCUAUCAGUGUUGUGCUAGAAGCCAGAAAUCCACCUUCAGGAAACAGGGAACUAACUACACAGUGAUGGGACCGAAACAAACAGGACACCAUGAGUUCAGCCACAGUAAAGGUGCUCUCAGUUCAAGCUUCCUGCAAGGCUGGGUGAUGCUGGUCACUAGUCUGGUGGCCCUUCAAGGAAACGACUCAUGCGAGCAGGUGACUGCCUCUGGCGAGGUGGCUGCAGGUACUCCAUGGAGCCCUGUGAUGGCGGGGAAGUGUGCACCCCAGCUGUUUCGGGUCCUCACCAGCCCCAGACUCCAUGGCUAG